UGAGAUAAGACCACAAUCGCUCAUUGCCAUCGCUGAUUUUCUAUCAAGACAAUUCUGGUGGAUGAUGCAUCUUGCUUCAACUUAGCUCCAUCAGUAACUUCCUGUGGAGGCUUGGAGAGCACCGCGUUCAGAUGUUCUGCCUCUAAGGCCUUUGUGUGCCACUCCAGGUGACGGCAUCGCCGAGGGUUUCUCCAUAGAGUUGAGUGAGGCAUUGGCCCAAGGCAUCAGGCCUCGGCUGAGCUCGUAGGAGGUCAGGACGGCCCCUCGCUUUCCCCGCUGCACCUUGGGAAUCGCGUCGACUGCGUAUUUUCUGGCUCCAUGAACCCGGCGCACUCCAGAUUCCACGCGUCCCGGGCUAUGAUGUGUAAAACCCUCCUGGGAGACCAUCAGCUGCACGGUGCUGGAUGCGUGCCCAGUCGCUCGAUGCCAGACACGGGGGUCCUUGUCUGGCGCUCGACUCGGGGGUCCUGUCUCUUCGAGCAUACCGCCGCACCUGCCCGACUCGAUCCCUGGAGUCCAGAGGAGUGCGCCAAUGGCAGCGUCUGUUCUGCGCUUGUGCGGUCAGCAUCCGCGUACAUUUUAUUCUUUCCUUUAGAUCGUUUUUAUGUCUCUGCAAGUUCAACUGUGUACCACGACGUGACGUGUGUUCUACGAGUCAACGUGUGAGUGAACGUAUGCGUGAACCCACGCCGUGGCAGCUGACGUUGCUAUUUUUGGCGACGCGUCUUAAAUAAGCUCGUCGUGCAUCCCGCCCAGCGUAGCGCCGCCUAUAAAGCCCUCCCGGCCAAAAACACGAAAACACAAAAACAUAAAAACAUAUCCGUAACCCGACGCCCGCGUGCUGCUGCCGCCUCCUGCUCAACAACGUCGCGCGACGUUUGACAGCUGCGUGUCGCUGACCGCGCCGGCACGGAGCCAUCGUCUGUCACAGCGGAAUUGCCGUCACCACCGAUUCGUCCACUGCGGCCCCACUUGGCGAGAGCAAUGCCCAUGGCUCAGCAGCUCCCAGUGCGCAAGAUCAGCAGGACCGACAUCGUGCUCAUGAGUCCCACACUGACGCGGAGCGGCUCAUCCACCACGCGGGGCUGCGUCGCUGCCCGGGACUCGCAAGGGGGGGGCACUCCUCCUGGGGACAGCAGCAGAUGGCCCGAGCAAGCGAGGCAUGGAGACACAGGGAGAAAGGAGAAUUUGAGGAAGCAGCAGAUUACGGGAGGGGAGGCAGGGACGGGGUCGCUACCGGACGGCGCCAGGUCGGGGGAGCGGUGCGCGGAGACGUCGACAUCGGCGAGAGCUCCCACCACAGAGCUCCCCCUGAGCUCCCCCCUGUCAGAGAUCAUCCCCUGUGGCUCAGCUCCCCUCAACGGGGGACCCCCCUCGCCUUCUUCCGUCGGGGCCGCGUCCUGCAGCCCCGCAGGCCCCCCGGACCCCCCACUGCGCCACUCGGCCUCCAAGUUCGCCACGUCUCUGGGCUCGGCCUUUCACCCCGUGAGGCCUUGCGGAGGUCCCCGACCAUGGGUCAGGUCCCAGAGCUCUCCCUCACCCACGCCGGUUGGAGGGGCCCCCCAUAUUCUGGCCCGCACCGCCGUCUCCUCUCAAACCCCCCCGCCCCCAGCUUCCCCCCCCAUCGUGGUGAGCUCACCGCUCCUGAGGGCCCGAGGCUUCCGGCCCUUUGGGCCCGUCGCUGUGCCCUUCAGCCCACUCAUGGCACGCACCGCAAACGGCGCAGGGCGUAGGCCGGUGCAGCAGCAGCAGGAGAGGAGAGAGGAGGAAGACGUGGGGAGUGAUGGCCUGCGCGAUGACCUCCCGGCGAGCUCACAGCUGGAGCUGAACGGAGCGGAGCCGGCGAGGCUGGAGCGCCCGGCCCACGCUCGCAUCCGCCACCCACGGCUUGCGAGCUCCUUCUCCGUCGACUCCGAGGCGUCGUCCGAUUGCGCUGAGGAGACUGAGCCCCCCGCUGGGGGGGGGCAAUCUGCGGCCCCCCCGCCCCCCCCGCCCCCCCCACCGCCGCCCCCGCCCCCACCGCCGCCACCGCCCGUGCGCCUCUCUCCAUGGCGAGUGUCGUCCCCCACCUCCCCCGGCCUCUCCCCGACUCCGUUCUGCAGCCUCGCAUCUGCCCUCUCGGCUGCCAAGCUCCGCAGGACUCCGCACCGCGAGUGCGGCCCCGAGUGUGGCCCCGAGUGCGAGAGGGGGGAGGGAGCUGCGCGUCUCAACGGCACCGCCGGUGUCGAUGGUGCGGGCGGCAGCCUCAUGGAGGAGAUGAGCGCCCUGCUGGCGCGCAGGCGGAGGAUCGCUGAAGGGAAAGUCGAUGUCGACAAGGACAAAACAGACGCUGCCAAGGAGGAAGAGAAGAAGGGGGGGGACGCAGUGAGGAGCAGCAGCACCCCCAACAGUGCCAGGAAGCCAUGGGAGAGACCCGGCGCCGUCAAUGGAAGCUGGUCUCCCAUUGUCUCCCGGCGAGAGUCACCCCGGAGGUUUGAGCGGUUGCACUGGCAGCAGCAGGAUGCAGCAGGGGGAGCAGAAGGCAUUGACCUGGAGAGGCUGAAGCUGGAAAUUUUGGAAGAAGUCAAGAAGGAGCUGAAAUUAAUGAAAGAGGAAAUCGUAAAUGCCAUACGCGGGGAGCAGCUGAGGCUGGCCACGGUGUGAGUGCUGCGCUGCGGAUGCCAGAGUCGCCACCGCCACCACAAUAUUGAAAAAACUUUAACGAGGGGAGUAGCCGCGCAUUUCACGCAGACUUUGGAGUUGAGCCAGCAGAUCACCCAGCCGGCCCUGACCUCUGCGAGGAAUUUCAUGAACGCCGCAAGAGCAGAGCGUCGUGAGCUGGCGCCAAAGUUGCCACUGGCCUGGGUUUGACCCGGGCAGUCCAGGAAUUGGCGUCUGUGUUCGAGUUACAGGAACUGAUUAGUACCGCGAUCUGGUAUGGGUAUUGUGCCGAACAGUAUUACAGUACGCUGCGCAGUUUUGAUAAGACCUAUAGGCUGACUGAGAAAUGUCUGGGUUUGGUCUAGAGUGGGAAAGGUGGCGAUCUGAUCAGCUGCCAUUGCCCACAGUUGGCACAUUAAAUGCUGUUUGCAGAAAAUAAUGGUCACAGUUUCGAUUUAAAGCUUUCGUGACUGCAGGGAUUCAUCUUCUUGGUUCUUUCGGUAAAGUCACGUAGAAGGGAAAUAAUAUUAUUUGAUUAUGGUUUAUUUUGAUUAUUUU